AUGUCGGAUCCCAAGGCGGAUAAGAAGAGAAAGAGAGCCUCACAGGAUGGCUCAAGGCCUGGCAAAAAAGUUGCCAUUGACCUGCCUGCGCCGACUGUCAAAGUUUCGGUGGUUCCUGAAACCGACGAAUGGAGCCCAGUCACCGCACCGACACCUGGUCUCUCUCUGCCAUCGAACAUUUCUUUCAAGCCAUACCGAAAGGCUCGACCUGCCGCCCGUGGCGGUCAUAUCCAAUCAUCUGAGCUUUUGCUGCACUCCUCCGAGCACCCUAAGAUCGACUACACUGGCCGCGAGGAAGGAUUAGGAGCCUUAGAUGGGCUGAUGAAGCACUAUGUCGGGGUCUAUGACCCCAAGACUGGCGAACUCCAGGUCAUGGAGACUCGCAACCUUGUCCUCCGUGGGACGCUCAGAGCGGAGGCACAGGAGGUCCAGCGCGAUAAUCAAAAGACGAAACAAGCCCUCCGUAACACCCUUGGCAUGGAGUUCGGUACAAAGAAGGCGAAGAAAGCAAUUGCUUCUCUUACUGAGAACGCCAUCACCGCCAGCGAAGACGCGAAGAGCACAAACUCUGUCGCUGACGCCGUGCUCGAUUCCAUGACUGAAUCCACCCAAAACAUGGCUACGCGAGAAGAAUUGCAGGCCGCAAUCGACGACGCUAAGCCCCGACCAAAGGCGAACCUGGAUGCCACCACGCCUGCCGAGGUGUAUCCAAUUGACUAUCUGGUCGGCCACGACGAGAUGAGGACGAUCGCUGUCAAGGAAUGGCAAGAUGCCGUCUCGGCAAAUAGGAACAUCGAAACAAAGAGUCGAUUUGUUAGUAAACGGUUGAAUAAGGUUGUGGCUAGCGGCGACAUCCCUAAGAUCAAAGCACUUCGAUAUCUUCUUUUGCUUCUUGAUUUUCACUUGUCGCUGAAAUCCGGACCCAAAGGCGUCAAGAAAUUACCCCAAAAGGAGGAAAUGAGAAAGUUCAUGGGUGUUCAAGAUUCUUGGAUCGAUGGCGUUAGACGACGUUUUGCGGAGGGAAGUCAACUCAACAAAUGGCACAUGGAUAAUCUUUAUACCCACAUUGCGGCGCUUUCCCUUAUCGUGGAUAACUUCGAGGUUGACACCUAUGAUCUGAAGCAGGAUUUGAAGCUUGAGCCAAAAGCCAUUUCCCAAUAUUAUCAUGAGAUCGGAUGCCGCAUCAAGAACCCCACUCUCACUGACCGUAAUAAACUGAAAAUCACAAAGGAGGAGGCACAGGCACAUAGGAUUGCUGUUUUGCGAUUGCCUUUGGACUUCCCCAAGACGAGGAUCGUCCCCAGACGUCGUUAG